GCCGACGAAGCAAGAUGACAUGGCAGACGUCAGCUGCCAACCGACGAGACUCGGCUCUCAUUUCUCCGAUGCAUCGGCGAGCGAGCCUCUCUCGUUCCUACGCUCUGCCCCGUCGAGCCGGCUUCGAUCCGGUGAUACUUUCGAGAGCACUCGGAGUGCGAGAGGCUUUAAAGGGCUCGAAGGGCUUUAAUUAAUUUAACGAGUGGCGUCGAGCGGGGCGCGGAGAGGGGACAGGUAUUCCGAGUGUGGGGAGGAGCGUACACUUCGACACAACGGGCAGCCGUCCGUCGUGUCAUUCGGGGAACACGCGUCGCGCGAGACGGUACUCGGAGGGAGAAGGAGAGAGCGUCCUUCGUAAGGACGACGCCAAGGACUUCGCCGCGCUCGCCUGUCAGUCUGUGCGUGCGCGUCCGCGCGGCUACUCGGGACAGGAUGGAUUACGUGCUGAUAAAGGACAUCCGGGCGGGCCAGAAGAACAUCAACGUAGUGUUUAUCGUUUUGGAGGUUAGCCACCCUACCAUCACUAAGGAGAACCGCGAAGUUCGAACGUUCAAAGUGGCCGACAGCACCGCCUGCAUGAACGUCUCCAUCUGGGACGAGCCCGGCCAGCUCCUGAUGCCGGGUGAUAUUGUGCGGUUGACCAAGGGCUACGCGUCCGUCUGGCGGCAAUGCCUGACCCUGUACUCGGGCAAGACCGGGGACAUACAGAAGAUCGGCGAGUUCUGCAUGGUGAUCAACGAGCAGAUCAACAUGAGCGACCCGAAUCCGAUGCUCUCGCAGCAGAUAGUGAAUCAGAGCGGCUCCGGACCGCCCGCCAGCAAUGUCAACAACAGCAUCACCAACAACGGCAACGCCAACAGUAUCUCGGGUCAAGCGGGACGACAACCUUUGGCUAUCCAAAGCAACACAACAACUCCCGGAAGCGGAGCCGCGGCGAGUUCAACGACCGCGAAGAGCGGAAAUGGCGGCAGCGGAAACGGCGGCAGUAACGCCGGCAGCGGUAGCUCCGGUAGCAGUAGUUCCGGCAGCGGCAGCUCUGGUCUACCCGGUGGCUCGGUGCGAUACUCGUCGUCGUCAUCGUCGGACUCGACGACAAAGUCGUCGGCGCCGACGACCAAGAGCAAUUCGCGCGGUCGCGGCGGCUACAGAAACGGCGGCCGCAGCGACCGAAGAUAACACACGAGAAGGAAGCGGCUGAUAUACGUGUAAUAAGACGAACAAACGUGUGCGCGCAGAUCCGCGCGUUUGUGUAUAAUAUACUGUCCUUUUUUUUAAACUCCAAUCGUCGACGCGUUUUCAGCGGGAACUGUGUUUUGAGAACUAUCUAUUUGCGGCGCCGAUGGGUAUUUGCACGUACUAUUCCCGGGAUCGACUACGCGAAUGCGAGGAUCGCCAGUGAUAGUGAUCACCAAUGAGGGAUUAUUUUUCGAAAAAUUAUUUUCGAAUAGUUUUAGCGCGUAUCAAAUAUUGAUCGAAGUUUUGCAAAUUUGUAAAAAAAUCUGUCGAAAAUUUUAUGCUCUUUUCUAUAUAUUAUAUAUUUAGGAAAUUACUUUAUAUUUCUUUUAUUUAAAAAAUAUGCAAUAAUCUUAACAAAUGUAAAAGUCUUAAAAUUUUGGAAAGUUUUGAAAAUCUUGAAACACAUAAACUUCUUUCGUGUAUAAUAUAAUAAUAAUAGAAAAAUUGUGUGUAUGUGUGUAGCAUGUAUAUGGGAGUGUG